UAAUGAAGAACAUGUGACAGGAGGAUCUGAUCUUAUGAUAACCGUCGUUAUAACCAUUUAGAUAGAACAUGUUCCUACAAUUAAAAUUCGAAGGAAAAAUAGAUGUGUCCGUCACAAAUGACGUCAAGGAGAGCGCGAUUAUAGUCUAGUGUACGCAAACGCGAAGAUAAUUUUGUACGAAGAGCGCCAGAGCAAGCGAAUAGGCAAUUUUCUCAGUUACACACGUGCUCCGAAAACAGCUGAUGUGUUUAUUCAAGAAAAUGUUAUCACAGUCGGUCAAGUGAAAAUAAAAUAGUGAAAAAUCUAUACUAAUAUAUAUAUAUAUAUAUUAUACUAAAUAGUCGAAAUUGAUUUUAACACUUUUUGAAUAAAUUGCCGACUCCGGUGCAAAUUAUAGGAAACAUGAACACAGAUUGGUACAAGAAUAUGAGUUGGUUACCGGUUACCAUGAUUUUAUGCAUGUUUGGAUUUCUCAAAGAAUUUCGACCCAACGAACCUUUUAUUACGGAUUACUUGACGAGAGGAGGAAAAAACUUCACCAUCGACCAAGUCAUGAAAGAAGUCUAUCCCGUUGGAACUUACAGUUAUUUAGCCACACUUGUCCUUGUUUUCUUAUUGACGGACUUUGUCCGUUACAAACCAGCCAUCAUUCUUUGCGGCUUGUCUGGAACAAUAACUUAUAUCGUUAUUAUUUUGGGAAAUAGUAUUGCAUGGAUGCAAUUUCUAGAAUUCACUUACGGACUGUUCAUGUCGACUGAAGUUGCUUAUUACACAUACAUAUAUGCCAAAGUAAGCAAAGACCGUUAUCAAGUCGUAUCGAGCUAUACCCGAGGAGCUUUUCUUUUCGGAAGAUUUGCAUCUGGCACUGUCGCUCAACUCACAACGAGCUUCCAUAUCUUGGAUUAUCAUCAGUUGAAUUAUCUGACUCUUGCAGGAACAACACUGGCGACCUGUUGGGCAUUGUUUCUUCCUCCGGUCCAGAAAUCCGUUUAUUUCCACCGACCUGAGACAGAAAAUUUGAACGAAGAUAGCAAGCUGAAAAAUUUACCAGAAUUUUUUUCAUUCGACGCUGUUUGCAAACGGUCGAAAUUUUCGAAAAAUAUUAAACGUGCUUACGCUUAUCUGUGGAGAGAUUUUGUCAGUGCUUUCACGAAUUGUCACGUUGUCAAAUGGUCUUUAUGGUGGGCUUUUGCGACUUGUGGAUAUUUACAAGUUAUCAGCUACAUUCAACCUUUGUGGCAAACAGCAGUCGAUGCUGAUACAGAAAUUUAUAAUGGUGCUGUCGAAGCAGUUUAUACGAUAAUUGGAGCACUAGCAGUUUUCAUGGUUGGAAAACUCAGAUUGAAUUGGUCGACAGUCGGAGAAAUUUUAUUAUCGAUAUUUUCACUGCUCGAAGCUCUUUUACUUUUCGUGAGCUCGAUGAACUACAAUAUUUGGAUCCUGUAUGCGGUUUACAUCGUCUUCGGUGUUAUUUAUCACACAAUGAUAACAGUUGCCAGUUUUGAGGUGGCCAAAAGUUUGUCCGAUGAUAGUUACGGGCUUGUUUUUGGAAUCAACACCCUCUUGGCAUUGGCUCUCCAAAGUUUGUUGACUUUCAUUGUUGUCGGUGACACCUUUUUCGAUUUAGGCGUUCGAACUCAGUUCAAAAUUUACUCAGGCUAUUUUGUAAUCCUGGGAGCAGUGUUUAUGGUCAUGGGAGUAUACACGAUUGGAAAACUAUCUCGAACCGGUAAAAAAUUUCGACUAUGUCUGCAGAAAGAAGCAUCGAUAGAAGUCGUCGAGGACCCAUCUUACGACAGGCCGAGCUGAAGACUAUAUUCUACAAGGAAAACGAUAGACUAGAAAUUCAGCAAUAACUGCUCAAAUGAUCUCUAAGUUAAGGCAGUUUUUAAACACCGGAUUCCGCUCGUAUUUUUCUUAUAUUCGGAAAAUCGUCCGAUAGAAAGACGGAAUAAUUUCCAACUCUUCUAGAAUGUUUUAGAAUCCCGAGGCCAUAAAUAUUUUCGUUGCAUAGGAAUAUCCGGUGAUGGGAUCGAAUCGAGCAUAAGGAUUUUGAAUAAAAAUCCUGACGGUUUCAUUAUUUUCUUGGCUAAACUCAAGAAAUUCUGCUACGAGUAGAAGAAAGUUCAUACAGAUUUUGCCGGAAUAAUGAAACACUGGAAUCUUCAAAAACGGUUGACAACGAGAGAGAAAAAGUUACGAAUUUAUUUUUAUAUAUGAUUGAAUAAUUUUUUCGCUAUAAAAAACAAUUGUUGUAAAUUAUCCAGCAUGAUUAUUAUGGGAAAUCGGUAUAACGACAUCUCAGAAAGGCUUAACAUUUUUUAGAUUAUUCUCAAGCCUUUACUUUAUUUAUGGCUGGAUAGGUUCAAACCAGCAGACGACAGGGCUGUCAAUGUACUUGUCCCGAGACUCUACCGAGUCUCUUGAUAAACGUGAAUGCAAAAAAAAAUUGAUUCUUAAUCAAAAUCGAAUCUAGCCAAGUAAGUUGUGCUGUUCGGAAGGUUCUUAAAGUUUGAAAGAACAAUAUUCUUUCUAUUUACACGAAUAUCGCACAAAAUAUUGUGGAAAAAUUUGAGUUAUAGUCUCUCAUUGAGACGUAGGGGUUCUUCUGCGUAUUGGUAAAUAUUUUUUAUAGACUUUUUGGUGACAUUUUAAUAUUUUAUUGAUGGAAAAAUUGUAAAAACAAAACUGCGAUCAUUUUUUCUUUCGCUCGAAGCUUCUAUUUUCGUCUGAGAAAAAAUAUCGUAAUUACGUUUGAGAUAUGUUGGUGGAUAAAGGAUUCUCUGAAAAUCAUAGAUUCCAUCGAGUCGGGCAAUCGAUCUUCGAGGCCAAUAACAUGUUGAAUUUUCUCUUCAGAGAUCCUUAAAGAUUGAUUGUUUGUUUCGUAAUAGAAUUGUUAACGUUUGGAAAAUCCCCUCGUGUUGGUCAAUUUUGGUAUGUGAGCUACGAGAAAAAGUGGAAUAAAGUGAAAAAAUCAUAGAAUAA